UUGACGCAGAUGGAACCGGUGAGUGAGGCGCUGACAGGACGCUGAGCGGCGGAGCUCAGUCAAGUGUGUCUGCAGCAGCGAGCACAACGCUGGAGCUCCAACACCCAGAGGGCUCUCCAGCAGAGGGCAGCGUCAGACCAAGCACAGCUCCCAUCCCAUCAGGUCCUCGAACAGUCUGUGCUGUCAGGAUCACACCUCUGAAAACCAUGAAAGGCUCUCCUGACCUGAUUCCUUCCGCAGAUUUGGACCCCAACAGAGUGUGCAAAGGGAAAGGAGUCGUGACUCUAAGGGCUACACUCGUCCACAUAGAUGAUGAGGGCUGCAUCAGCGAGGAGCCAAACGUCAUUACAACGCCAAGUGGCUGGACAAGCCAGAUUAAUGGCGACAGCUCGAAAGCAGGAUUGGCUGAGGGAGGCAGCAACAACACAGCUGAUUUACCACCUGUAAACGACACUCAGUGCCAGGGUAAUUCACCCGCCAGCAUAAAAGAAAAUCAAGUUCCAUCCUCCACUGACAUUCAGAACUGUAUCUCAUCGACUUCCAGCUUUGUUUAUCCCUGCACCAGCUCAGUUAACCCCACCAUUGUCCUGCUGCAACACAACAGAGCAGAGCAGCAAAAGCAUCUUUCUCAUUUGGAAGACCCAACCCCAGAAAGGGACAAAAGCCCUGACCCUGGAAGAGACUCGGUCAGUCCAGUUCCUGACAUGGACGGAAAGAGGCUGCGGCUGUCACUGCACUCCCCUGUCCUCAGUCCUCUCAACAAACCCAUUGUGCCUGUACGGAACACUGAAAAGUCCAAAGACUGGUAUAAGACAAUGUUUAAACAGAUACACAGAAUACCUGAGCCUAUUGAGGAAAACCCUUACCGCCCCACCUACAUUUUCCCAGAGAACUAUGACAUUCAGAUGAGAUCAAAAGACGAUGGCCCCACUCCAUUUGGUUACUUGGAAGAUGUGAAAGCAGUCCCACGCUCAAAAAGUGAUGAUGAGGUCGAUUCAAGAGGCCGGUCGAUGCCGGUGCCAACACGGUCCUCUUCCCUCAAACCCUCUGCCAAAAGGAAUGAGUGGGAGCCCCCAGAUAAAAAGGUAGACACAAGGAAGUACCGCGCUGAGCCCAAGAGCAUCUUUGAGUACGAGCCGGGGAAAUCAUCAGUGCUGAAACUGGAGAGAACGACUCAGGAUGUAAGUCCAGAAGAUGUAGAUUUAGAGAAUGAGCCUUGGUAUAAAUUCUUUUCAGAGAUGGAAUUUGACAAAGCGAGUGCCCCCUCUUUCAGUCCCCUGGAAACAGCCUCCGACCUGCAGCAGUACUCCUCGAGCAAGUCUGGACACAGCGAGGUGGAGAAGGACAGAGGAUCCUCCACGAGUGAGCCUGGGGCUCCAGAAUGCGACCGCCAUGUUUACAAGAGUGUCCUGGAGGGCGGCGACAUUCCCUUACAAGGUCUACGAGCUCUAAACAAGCGCCAAGGCAGCUCCUCCUCCUCUAAAGUGGAUUAUAAAGGUGGGAAUGGCUAUAUAAUUUCACCCUGCUCCUCUCUAAAUAGUCGAUCGGUUCUUGCCAGUAAUGCAAUAGGUAACCAGUGUAAGACUAAGAAGUCCUUAUCUGCUGCCAAAGCCUGCAUACCCCAAAUCCUGCCCUCUAAGUUCAAGCCCAAGCUGCUGCCACCCAGUGGUGACGGUCAGGAAAGCAGGACUAGAGUUGUCAGACACCCAAAGGCCCACAGCUGUGAGGAUCUCUACACAGGGCCAUGUGACACAGACUGUGCUGGAGCAGAAGAAAGGGAGAGUGAGCAACAUUCAGACUACAAGUCCAGUGAGUGUGCUGACGGUCUCAGGAAUGUUUCCCCUGCAAUUAGAAGGAGCACCUCUGAGUUUUCCAGCCUGUACAGGACCAUGCAUCACAUCCAGCGGCCCAGCUCAGCAGGCUGCAGCCCCCAUGGCAGUGUUCGCAGCCUGGCCUCUCUGUUUGAGAAGGCAAAGGCAGAGGGGGGUGAAAGGUCAGAGGGCGGGGGUGACAUUCCACGGGAUUCUGUGUCGUCACGGGUCAUUGAGUUUGAAAUGAUCAUCCAGCGGUCCAGCUCUGCUCCCAGCCGCUCCUCCUCUCUGCCCACCCUGCACUCCAGCCACAACCACAACCACAGUCCCAACCACAGCCCUGCCCAUCUCUACAUGGCGUCUGCAGUGUCAGCAGAGUCCCUUUUGGUAGCCAAUACCAUACAGACAGAUGACUGCUCCCUAGUGGAGGCUGAGGGCAAAAGAUCUGCAGAGGAGGCUGUGUCACCAGACAGUGUAAUUGUGGAGGAGGCUGUUUCCUCCUCAGAGGAUGGACAUAACAUCAGGACUGAGUCCCCCUGCAACACAGAGGCUGAAGUUGAGCAAAUCUUCAGUAAAAGUUCACCAGACUUCAUCCACCAAAAUGUCAGUGGAUCAAAGAGUCCCUCAGCACUGCUUACAACUUCCCCUCCACAGCACAACCACCUCCACUACCACCACCAUCACCUGCUGCACCACUUGAACCAUCAGCUCCUCCUCAAACCCAGCAAAUGCAAAGGCUCCUGCCCAGCCUCCUACACCCGCUUCACCACCAUCCUCAGGCAUGAGAGGCAGCAGGCCACAACCCAACAGGAGAAGCCGCCAGCUUCAGAGAAGAAGACCACGCUGCCUGGAAAUCUCUUCCUCAUGGGCCCUGCUCCCUUCCGGUUGAGGAAGAACCUCCAGUCCCACCAAACUCGGAGGACGCUGUUAGCCACAAAGGUAGCCAUGGGCACCCAGAGGCCCAGCAGCCUGUCCCCUGAGCUCAGACCUCUAAUCCCACAGCGUCUGUCCUCCCUGGAGGUCCUGGAGAGGCUGAGUAACGGGGAGGGAAGCAACACUGACCACCUGAGUAACAGGCAGGGCUUGGACGCCAACGGGAACCUACUGCAGCCGCUGGCAGCUCACCGCAGAGACUCAUCCCCAGCUCACGGAGAAAGUCAGGAUGAAGUAUUAAGGAGGCGUCAUGGGGACAAAGAGAAAAUCUUGGAGGAGCAGCGGCGGCUGAAGCGGGAACAGGAAGAGGCUGAUACAGCGUCAAGGCGACACACGAGCAUUGUCCCGACACACCACCAGUUCAUCACCAAUGAACGCUUUGGAGACCUGCUAAACAUCACAGAUAACUCAGAGAAAAGGAAAUCGGGCAUAGAGAGAACUCCAGCCAUGGCUCGCUUUGACUUCAGAGCAGAAUCUCUAAAGGAAUUACCAUUUCAGAAGGGAGACAUUGUGUACAUCAUUCGACAAGUGGAUCAAAACUGGUAUGAGGGCGAACAUCAUGGAAGAGUUGGUAUUUUCCCUCGAAGCUACGUUGAGCUCCUCCCGCCGACAGAGAAAGCACAGCCAAAGAAAAGUGCCCCAGUGCAGGUACUGGAAUAUGGAGAGGCUGUCGCCCGCUUCAACUUCAAUGGAGACACAGUGGUGGAAAUGUCCUUCAGAAAGGGAGAGAGGAUCACACUGAUUCGCAGAGUUGAUGAGAACUGGUAUGAAGGCAAAAUCUCAGGCACCAAUCGCCAAGGCAUCUUCCCCGUCACCUACGUAGAUGUGCACAAACGACCUCGCGUCAAAAACGGGGUGGAGUACCCUGACCCACCCAUCAGCCAGUCGCCACAGCGCAGCACCAAUGCUUCUCCUCAGCUGUAUCGUAAUCGCCUGACCACGUCCCCCCUGCCUCUCCCUCGCUCCCCUCGCCGCUCUGUGUCCCCUGAGGUCCACGCUAUCUCCUCUGAGUGGAUCUCCCUGACUGUGGGAGGUGGAAGUCCUCCUGCCGCUCCCACCCCUCCCCUGCCGCCGCUGCCCACCGUCUCCUACCGCUGUGGCGAGUACCUGCCCCCACCUUUCUCUGCCAGCCCCGUGCCUCCCAUCACCGGCAGCCCAUACUGCAUCUCCCCCAUGGCCUCCCCAUCUGCCUCCCCUCUGCCCCCGCCUUACCCGCCCAGACCCAGCUCCGCCACUCCUUUCCUCACAUUCACCCCACCUCAGGGAGAGGACUUCCUGCUCUCCCGUCCCUCCCCACAUCUGUCACGUAGUGUGAGCCCUUGCGGUGGGCCGGUGCUGGAGGGCUGGCUGAGGGGGGAGAAGGAAUUGACAGAGGGGGAAGGCGCUGAGGGGGACACGGGCCGUGCAGCCCCGGGCAGCAGGCAGAAUAGCCCUGCAGAGUUUGUAAAGAACGAGGCCGACUAUCACGGACGGAGCUCCAGAAGCCCUGUGAUGCUGUUUGACAUCCAUGAUAACAACAAUGUUAACUCAUUUGCGGAGGCAGUGUGUAAUGAGAUCUUGAAUAUAGCUGAGACCUCGGUGAGGUACUGCAGCACCCUGUCCCACCACCAUAAUGACUCUGUCCUCAGACUGCACCCCCACCCCAGUAAACAAUCUCUCAUCAUUUCCCAGCAACCCCAGUCCCACAGCAGCAGCCCGGAGCCAAGCCGUCUCAGCUGUGGAAUUUUCCAGGCUUUGUACAGUUAUGUGCCGCAGAACGAAGACGAGCUGGAGCUGCAGGAGGGGGAUCUCGUCAGCGUCAUGGAGAAAUGCGAUGACGGCUGGUUCGUCGGUACGUCAAAGAGGACAAAACAGUUUGGGACUUUCCCUGGGAAUUACGUGAAGGAGGUGAAACUGUAAAGAUAUCUAAUCUGGCUGUAACACAUGGUUGCCUGUCAAGCUUGGGAAGUCAUUACUAUCGCACAUGGCUGUUGGUUAGAAUAGUCAUUUAGCCAGGCGAAUAUAUUUUGUCUGGGAAAGUGAUCAGUUCGGCCUGAGGUAUGUCAAACUGCAAGAGGCGAAGACGGGGACAGCUCACUGGCCAAACCUCAGUACGGUGCACACCUUGGUCACAUGUUACACACUUCUUGACAGAAUUCGUCCGUCUCCACACAAGGAAUUUCUCUGUGAAAACCUUCCACAAAUUAGCUUUUGUUGUACAAAUAAUAGCUUCCAUUUUCUCCAUGUGAUUUUACAAGUGUUUACGUAGCACCUCAGUGUAGAGGCCGGCAGCAGAGCAGUGUAUGGAUCAAAGAGUGGAUCUUAUUACCAGAAGUGGACCUUGAAGGAGUCAGAAUGUAUUUAUAUGUGUUGAGCUGUUUGUCAUGAGCUACCUUUCAGGAGCAGAGGUGUUACACGUGAUUGGCAAAGAGUGAUGCAGACCAUGCAUCUCAAAAAUUUUAAGAAAUCACAUACUUUUGAUUUUUUUUGUCUAAAUAAAACUUUAAGGGUUUGGAUCAACUUACAAUGCAGACGUGAAAUUAAAUGUCAUUCUCUGACUCUGUGAAACAGACGUUUGUGUCAGUUUAGAAAGAACACUGUUAAAAAUCAGUGUCCUUUUGAGUUUAGAUAUACUAAGCCCUGUGUACGAAGCACCUUUAGAAACUGAUCCGACAUACCUGUUUUGCUUUCUUUUCUAUUUUCUGAAUGGUUAUUAAAUCAGUAUUGUAUUCACAACUCAGUGUAGCCCAGAUGCUUUAGAUACCAGUUCAGUAUUGCCUUUAUUUUCUAUCCAAAGGUUCUUAUACAGAAGUUAUUAACACGGUCCUGUGCAUGACUAGAAACACUAAAGUGUUGCUGUGUGCUGUUAGCUUCUCUUUUCCUCAGUUACCACAUGGACUGUGUUGCAUGUCUCAAAAAAGUGAAGCGAAACUAUGUAGACACACACCCUGUAUUUUCACAAACAAUGUAUUUGUCGAAACAGAAGUAAACUGUGUUUGCUGAUGCCUGUAAGGUAGCUGGUGGUAGACGCCUGGCUUCAGUCCAACCUUUGGACAGGCGUGGUAGCACUUAACUUCCUAUUUGGUCAUUUAGGAAGAUCCCACCUAACACGAUAAUAGCAGAUUAAUCAGCGAUGACCAAAAGCUAUUUGAUGGUUUAAGUGAAAGCCGACGAGGUGUCUUAGAAUAUUGUCAUGAUGAUUUUUAAAAGCAUAUUGAGAUUUUAACCAUGCCCUUACUGACAAGACUGUAUAUGUACGUGUAAAUGCCUACAGAAAACUUUAAGAGGCCUUCCAAAUAUGGCUACAUACUUUCAUAUGUAAUGACUAUAAGGUCAGCAUCAGUACAGCAUGCACCGUAAAAUCAGACUGGAGCAUGAAACACUAUCAGCCACCACCUCAAUAUCUGCACCUUUAGCUUAAAGAAAACAGAAGUAAUGACAGGGUUAAUGCUGCUCUUUGAACUUCAAUAGCACCCUGAUGGGAGAUUACUUUCAAUUCUGCUAUCAAAGCAUCAGAGUCGUCUUCCUGCGAGUACAGAGCUCCCCCAUCUCCAGCACCGUAGAUCCUAUAACAGACCCCAUACAUCACAAUGCAUCCUCUACACACACACACACAAAGAAAGAUGAUAGCUAUUGUUUUUCUUGGCUUAUUUUUUCAUCAAAUUCCUUGUUGUCAUCAGUCUCUGCACUUUGCUCAUCAGUCCUGGCAGAGCUGUCAAGUAGUACUUGCAAGUAAUUCUUACUGCUUGUUAUGACCUGCACGGUGCGGCAGAUGGGUGUAGUUUGUAAAGCAAUUGCUAAGAAAAGUGUUUUAAAGUAAGAUACUUUGAAGCUCCAAGAAGCUGCGUGCAAAGAUUAUCAUCAUUUCCCUGCUGAUACAGUUCUGAGAUACUGUUGCCAGACCAUCAGUGGUCCUAUCUUUUUGUUUAGCUCUUUAUGAUGGUCUGAACACAUCAAAUCUGAAGCAUAAUGUGAAUUAUAGGAAUAUAAGACAGUGAGACUCAUAGAUCUAGAAGUGUAUGCUGACUGUGUCUUUGUUUUUGCACCAGAAUGUGUAGCUACAGUUGUGCAGUGAUAAUAAACAUUGACCUGAAAUGUAACACAUAUAUGAAGUUUAGUAACUGAUGAAUUAAUUUAACCAAAUUCAGUACAAUCAGUGUUUCAUCCACUGACAUUUACUAUUAAAUCAGGUUUGUUUCUUCCUGUUCAGAUCACCACUGACUAUUUUGCCAACAUCAGCAGGGGGAUAUUUUCUCAGCAAGAUAAAACACGUAAUAUAAUACACUGCAUUGUGGGUUUGCCUGUAUAGCACUGAUAUAAUGUUCACGUAUUUUGUUCCACCACAGAAGCAUGUUUUUUUUUUUUCUCCCUCCACUGCUGGCUAAACAUUUUGUUCCUCUGUAACUGCAGCUCCUCAUGAAUGUGUUGACUGGUUGGGAGUCUGUUGACCUGCAGCCUUGUUAAAAUAGUUUUUCUUCCGUGAUGGAACAAAGGGAGAUAGGUUUUCUGUCUCUAACACAAUAUACAGCAGGCAAAUAAUCAGUCACUGAAACACAAAGUAAAUCCUGUUUCUGUGAUUUCUGUGCUCCAUAAAACGUCACAGGAUGUAUGAAUGUAUGGAUAUAUGAAUGUGGUGCAGGCAGUGUACACGUAAUAUGUUAAAAAAAAAAAAAAAAAGCAGUACGGCACAAGAAGGAUUGUAAAUAUGUAAAAUAAAAAAUAGACUGCGAGCAAUGAGAGUGUCACAUCGAGCUCUCUGUCCCUUGCAGUGGUUUAUUUGCCUGAAAGAUUUUUGGCAAAGCACAGAGUGGAGCGUUACUGAGCACAGAAAGUUUGACGCGUUUGAACAUUACGCUGCCAUUUGUGAGAAUCAUAAUGCCUUAUGUUAGAUACAAAAUUGUGCCUCAUUUUCAUUACAUUUUUUUGUCACUGAAAUGUAUCCAUGACAUAUUUAAUGUAACCAUGGUUUUCCCAUUAGUAAAUGUUGGGAGAACAUUUACUAAGAACUUGUCUGUUACUGUACAAGUACCUAAAAGUGUGACACGAUGCUUCAACAUAAUGAUUAAUAAUCAUAAAAAUGGACUGGUUUGAUAAGACGCACAACCUGCAACAGGUUUUGUUUGUUUGCUUCAAUUUGCAGUGCUGUUACAUUGACAAUAUUAAAAUAAAAAUACUAUACACUGCUGUGACUUCGGUAUUAUGCAAUAUUUAAUAAACCAUUUAAACCA